CUGAGUCAGUAAGCACGAGACUAACCAGAGUAGAACAUUGAACCAAAACAUUGUUGGAACAUUCUCUUGAAAAUCAAAUUUUACAGAAAACAGGGGAUUUUAGGGGAAUCCCGUCGUACAUCUCCACUAGAGCACAGUAGAAAAGGUGAGCACUAGCAGUGUGAGUAUGGGGUUUGAUGAGAACUCUCCAUAUUUUCCUGAAAAGCAAGGAUUGUACGAUCCCGCGCUGGAAAGGGAUGCUUGUGGAGUCGGGUUUAUUGUUCAUAUUGAUGGAAGCUCUUCUCAUCAGAUUCUCCUGGAUGCUCAGGAGCUUAGCAGGAGGAUGACCCAUAGAGGAGCUUGUGGAGCUGAUAACGAUAGCGGGGAUGGAGCCGGAGCAUUGGUGGCGCUUCCUCACCCAUUUUAUAAAACCAAACUCAGUGAGGAGCUCGGUAUACAUCUGCCAGAACCUGAUGAGUACGCAACAGGAAUACUUUUCCUUGAUCCUGUUCAUCAUCAGAUAUCCAGAGAUGAAUUUGCUGAGCUGGCCGGAACACUAGGAGUGCGCGUGCUUAUUUGGCGCGAGUUGCCGCGUAGCAAUGCUUGCCUUGGAGCUAUGGCGAAGAAGACGGAGCCCCUGAUCACCCAGGUGUUCCUCGUCCCCUCCACCUCCGACAUGGACAAGGAGGAGUUUGCAAAGAAAAUUUUUGUUCUGAGAAAGAAAGCAACACACAGGUUUACAGAGAGAAGGUUUUAUAUUUGCUCCCUGUCAACCAAGACUGUGGUUUACAAGGGACAAUUUGAUCCUUGUCAACUCUGGGAAUACUUCCUGGAUCUACAGAAUCCGGAGUUUAAAACCAAACUCUGUAUUGUGCACACAAGGUUCUCAACCAACACCUUCCCCAGCUGGGAGCGCGCGCACCCUAUGCGCUAUGUUGCGCAUAACGGAGAGAUAAACACGCUCCGGGGUAACGUGAAUCUUAUGAAGGCGAGGGAGGGGGUGAUGUCUAGCUCCAGGUUCGGAGACGAGUUGAAGGAUUUGUAUCCGGUAGUGGAGCAGAACCUAUCCGACUCCGGGUCCUUGGACUGCUGCCUUGAGUUCCUUGUCCAGGCAGGGAACAGGUCGCUGCCUGAGGCCGUGAUGACUAUGGUCCCUGAGGCCUGGCAGAAUGACCCGGCGAUGGACAGUUCAAGAAAGAAUUUCUAUGAAUGGGCGAGCUGUACCAUGGAGCCAUGGGACGGACCAGCACUCGUCACUUUUAGCGAUGGACGAUAUGUCGGAGCAAUCCUAGACAGAAAUGGUCUUCGUCCAUCAAGGUUCUAUGUGACCUCCGACAAUAUUAUGGUCAUGGCCUCCGAGGUCGGAGUUUUCGAUUCUCCGCCUGAGAAGAUUCUACAGAAAGGUAGAUUGAUGCCCGGAAAGAUGCUUCUGGUGGAUACAGAGGAGAAGAGAAUCAUAGGAGACGAGGAGGUGAAAAGUAAGAUUGCCGACUCCCGUCCUCACGGGGAAUGGUGGAACCAGCAUAUAACCUUGGACAUGCUGAGCAAAGGGUUUAAGCAGGAAACUCUCUUCUACAAUCCUAUCGUCAGAGAUAUGAACGGGGACGAGCCUAAUAUCCUGGAGAGGUUGUGGACUGGAGACAGAAGGAUGCCUAUGUUUGGCUACACUAUUGAGACUAUUCAGAUGUUGAUGGUUCCUAUGUUUAAGACGAGAAAGGAAGCUUUAGGUUCUAUGGGUAAUGACGCCCCCCUGGCCUGUUUGUCCAGGUACCAGCCCCAGAUAUACGAGUACUUUAAGCAGUUGUUCGCUCAGGUCACCAAUCCUCCCAUUGACCCCUUCAGGGAGAAGAUUGUUAUGUCCCUAGCUUGUCCUGUUGGACCUGAAGGGAAUAUUCUUGAACCAGGAGCAGAACAGUGUCACAGGCUAUGGUUGGAGAACCCCAUUCUCUCAUUGGGUGAUCUUCAAUCCAUCAAGACUACCAAUGUGAUGGGCUGGAAGGCUGCUGUGGUUGAUAUCACCUUCUCCAGGUUAUGCAGCUGCAUGGCUACUGAGAUCGACCGUAUCUGUGAGGAGGUUGAGCAGGCCGCUCACUCUUGUCAGUUCAUCAUCCUUUCCGACCGUAAUAUUGGUCCUGAUCGUGCUCCGGUCCCCGCUCUCCUGGCAUCUGGAGCUGCUCACCAUCAUCUCAUCUCCAAGAGGCUGAGGAGCAAAUGCGCGCUGAUUGUCGAGACAGGAGAAGCACGUGAGGUGCAUCAUAUGUGCGUUCUUCUUGGGUAUGGAGUUGAUGCUAUCUGUCCUUACAUGGUGUUCGAAAUAGCUCACAUGUUGAGGAACGAGGGUUUGAUUGAUCCUGAGAUAACGGACCAUGUUGUUUAUGAAAACUAUGCAGCUGCUGUAGACAGAGGAAUAUCUAAGGUUAUGGCAAAGAUGGGUAUCUCUACUCUACAAUCUUACAAAGGAGCCCAAAUCUUUGAGGCCGUCGGUCUUUCUCAAGAGGUCAUUGACAAAAGCUUCCUUGGAACCCCCUCCCGUCUCGGAGGAGCCACCUUUGACAUUAUUAUGGAGGAGACAUUGCAGAGGCAUGAGGUUGCUUUCGGCGAGAACGAAUGCGAUUCGAGGAUUCUGAGAAAUCCUGGAUUUUUUCAUUGGAGGUCAGGAGGGGAGAAACACGUCAAUGACCCAUCCUCCAUUGCCCUGCUACAGGAGGCCACUAAGCAUGAGAAUAAGUCAGCCUAUGAAAAGUACUGUGAGGCUGCUAUGAAUAGUAUUAAGGACUGCACCCUCCGAGGACAACUAGAGGUCGUCUUCCCUGAGACCGGGAUAGAUAUUGAUGAGGUUGAACCCGCGGCAAAUAUAGUGAAAAGGUUUGCCACCGGAGCCAUGUCCUUUGGGAGCAUCUCCCUGGAGGCCCACACCACCCUCGCUAUAGCCAUGAACAGGAUGGGAGGGAAGUCCAACACGGGGGAGGGUGGAGAAGAUGCUGAUAGGUAUUUAAAUCAAGAUGCUGAAUUCAACAAGAGGUCAGCCAUCAAGCAGGUGGCCUCUGCUAGAUUCGGAGUGACCUCUGCCUACCUUUCUCACGCUGAUGAGCUGCAGAUCAAGAUGGCGCAAGGAGCUAAACCCGGAGAGGGAGGAGAGCUCCCGGGAUAUAAAGUUACAAAGGAAAUUGCUAAAACCCGACACUCUGUACCAGGAGUAGGACUUAUCUCUCCUCCACCUCACCACGAUAUUUACUCCAUAGAAGAUCUGGCACAGUUGAUCUAUGAUCUCAAAUGCGCGAACCCUUCAGCUAGGAUCUCAACCAAGCUGGUCUCGGAGGUCGGAGUAGGUGUGGUCGCUUCCGGAGUCGCCAAGGGGAAGUCGGAGCACAUUCUUAUCUCCGGACAUGACGGAGGUACUGGUGCCUCCUCCUGGACCGGGAUUAAAGGAGCAGGGUUGCCCUGGGAGCUUGGUCUAGCAGAAACCCAUCAGACCCUAACCCUUAACAACCUGAGAUCUAGGGUUGUUCUCCAGGCUGACGGUCAGAUGAGAACCGGUUUUGACGUUCUGGUCGGCGCGCUGCUCGGCGCAGACGAGUUUGGGUUUUCUACUGCUCCUUUGAUUGUAAUGGGGUGCACAAUGAUGAGGAAAUGUCAUCUUAACACCUGCCCAGUCGGUGUAGCGACACAGGACCCUGAGCUGAGAAGAAAGUUCGAGGGUAAACCCGAACACGUGGUAAACUUCUUCUUCAUGAUCGCCGAGGAGCUUCGUGGAUACAUGGCUCGUCUUGGAUGCAAAACAUUCCAGGAUCUUAUCGGGAAAACUCAAUUCCUCAGGAAGAGGAGUGGGCUACCUAAGAAAGCUGGCAUGUUGCAGUUUGAUGCUAUUCUGAAGAACGCCCUUGAGAUGCGUUCUGGAAUAUCUAUCCAGGGAGGAUCCGUCAAACAAGAUUUUGAACUGGAAAAGCGCAGUGAUAACAUUCUUAUUGAGAAGGCCAGUGAUGUAUUGAAUGGAACCGCCAAGACCGUUGAUAUUGCGAUGGAGAUAACAAACUAUCAGAGAACCUUCGGAGCCACCUUGUCUAACAAGAUCUCCCUGAGGUAUGGAGAAGAAGGUCUACCUGAUGGCAGUAUUAAUAUUCGCUUGACCGGCUCAGCUGGUCAGAGCUUCUGCGCCUUCCUGGCGAGAGGAGUGUCAGUUACCCUUGAGGGUGAUGCUAAUGAUUAUGUUGGAAAAUGUUUAUCUGGAGGAACCAUUAUUGUUUUCCCACACAAGAACGGGGCUCCUGAGUUCAAAUCUGAGAAGAAUGUUAUUGUUGGUAAUGUGUGCCUCUACGGUGCUACUUCCGGCAGGGCAUACUUCCGUGGCAUUGGAGCAGAGAGGUUCUGCGUGAGAAACUCUGGAGCAAUUGCUGUUAUUGAAGGGGUUGGAGACCAUGGUUGUGAGUAUAUGACUGGGGGAAGAACUGUCAUUCUUGGUCCUACUGGGCGCAACUUUGCUGCUGGUAUGUCCGGUGGAAUUGCUUAUGUUCUUGAUGACUUGGAGAGCUUUAGGAAAAAGUGCAACACCAGCAUGGUUGAUCUUAUUGGAGUAAGCAACCCUAUUGAUUUAGACUUCUUAAAAUCUACUCUGGAAGAUUUUGUAUCUUGCACCGGAUCUGAGGUUGGAUCAUCUUUGCUUGCUAGCUGGCCUGAGUCCGCCAAGAGGUUUAUCAAAGUGUUCCCCCACGAGUACCAGAGAGCCCUGCAGGAGUUGGAGAAUGAGAGGGCCGAAGAGGAAGCGGAGAAGAAGUUUUCUCCUGGAAUUAUGCUGAACGGAGACCACCUGAAAUCUCCCUCAUUGGAUAUUAGGAAUGCAUAUGAGAUUGACAACACUCCAGCAAUCAACGGAAUAUCUCAUCUUAUUCUUCCUGCAGAGAAGAUGGAACCUUUGAGUGAGGAUGAGGAUGAAGAUGAGGAUGACAAGAAAAUUUCUAACUUUGUUCUCCCAACCCUGACUGUGCCAAAGAAGUUGCCCGUCAAGGUUCUUGAGAUUGAGAAGAAACCUAUUCGAGAUAUAGAGGACUCUAUCAUUGAUUCUACAAAAAAGAAAAAGAGGGAAAAUCUGCUUGACAAAACUCGUGGAUUUGUCAAAUAUAAGAGAGAAACAAAGAAUUAUAGAGAUGCAGCUGAGAGGCAGAAUGACUGGAAUGAAAUCUAUGAUUUCAAACAUGUCCGUCGUGGGCUGAAGAUGCAAGCUGCCCGAUGCAUGGACUGUGGUGUUCCUUUCUGUCACUCCGUCUCACAUGGUUGUCCACUUGGCAACAUUAUUCCCAAGUUCAAUGAUCUUGUGUUCCACAGUGACUGGAAGGAGGCUCUAAACCAGCUGACACAAACUAACAACUUCCCUGAGUUUACUGGUCGUGUAUGCCCUGCUCCCUGUGAAGGUGCUUGUGUCCUGGGCAUCAAUGAACCCCCCGUCACUAUCAAGAAUAUUGAAUGCUCCAUUAUUGAUAAUGCAUUUGAGCAAGGCUGGAUCAAGGCCUGUGCCCCCAAGCACAGAACAGGAAAGAAGGUUGUUAUCAUUGGUUCCGGACCUGCCGGGCUAGCAGCCGCCGACCAGCUUAAUAAGGCUGGUCACUUUGUCACUGUUCUGGAGAGGAAAAAUAGGAUAGGAGGUCUGCUCAUGUAUGGAAUUCCAACGAUGAAACUUUCCAAGGAGGUUGUACAGCGCAGGGUUGAUUUAAUGGCCUCUGAAGGAAUUGUCUUCAAGACCAAUGUUGAUGUUGGGAAAGAUAUCCCAGCUGCUGAUCUAAAGAAUCAGUAUGAUGCGGUCCUGCUCUGCACUGGUGCAACCUGGCCUAGGGAUUUACCAAUUGAAGGUCGUAGCAGUGACGGAAUUCACUUUGCCAUGGAGUUCCUCCAGACCUGGCAGCAGAAGCAGCAUGGUGAUGAUAUUGAUCAUCUACCUCUAUCUGCCAAAGAUAAGGAUGUAGUUGUUAUUGGAGGUGGAGACACUGGUUGUGACUGUAUUGGUACUUCUCUGAGACAAGGAGCUAAAUCCAUCACAACCUUUGAGAUCCUUCCUCAGCCUCCAAACUCUCGUGGAGCUGACAACCCAUGGCCUCAGUAUCCUCGACUCUUUAAGGUUGAUUAUGGACAUGAAGAGGUUGCGUUGAAGUGGGGAGGAGAUCCUCGAAGAUAUAACACCGUGAGUAAGAAGUUCCUGUCCGAUGAGAUGGGGCGUGUGAGUGGGAUUGAAACCAUGCUGGUAGAGUGGACCAAGGAUGAGGCCGGGAGAUGGAAGAUGGCCGAGGUUCCGGGAUCCGAGAAGACCUACUAUUGUCAGAUGGUGAUGCUUGCCAUGGGAUUCCUGGGCCCGGAGAAGGAGAUCCUGGAGCAGAUGAGCCUGGACAAGGAUCCACGAGGAAAUAUAAAAACUCCUGUUGGCAAGUACUCAACCAACGUGGAAGGAGUUUUUGCAGCUGGAGACUGUAGACGAGGACAGAGUCUCGUUGUCUGGGGUAUUACCGAGGGACGACAGGCGGCUAGGGAGGUAGAUAUCUAUCUAACAGGGAAAUCCUCCCUCCCUGGUCCAGCAGGGAUCAUCAUCCCACCAACCAACCUUCUCCAGGGUUAAACUAGAGUUAAGUUAAUCUCAAGGUUCGUGUUUAACUGUUCAGAAAAUCUCUCGAAAUUUCGGCUUUCAUAUGGAUUUUGAAUCCUCUCUCUAAUCCUUCAGUCUUCCUAGGGUGGGGGGUUCUAGGAGGCUUCUCGUGUAUUUAUUCCUCCUGGAACCCCCUGUAUUUGAUUGAAUAUUGUUGUAACACUAGUGAUUAGAGUUAGCAUUUUAGAGCCUAGAAUUGUUAGAAUCAGUAAUUAUAAAACGAGCAAUGCAAAAGUUUGCUCUGUUAAAGGUUAACUGCUCGUAUUGAAAUGUUAAAUUAAUGUUAAAUUCAUUUGUUUUGGAAAUAUGUAUUUUUGCUUGAAAAAUCUACGCUAUAUUUAA